AUUCCAGUUACUGCUGCUGUACCUUUAAACUCUGGAAUCAAACCAGCAAAAUGAGAGCAAGCAGUGUGAGGUCCAGCCCUUCAGAGCAGCUUCAGAUGCCUCAUUGAGAGUUAUUGCACAGGGACAGGCGGUGCUGACAGUGCUCUGCCAAAACUCCUCUCCACCCAGCAACAUGGCAAAGCACAUGGCCCCCUUUCUCCUGCUUGUCCUCACCCUGGCAAGCUCAUCCCUUGCACAUCGAAAAAAGCUCCUGCUGUUCUUGAUUGAUGGACUUCGCCACGAUUAUAUCAGCGAUGAAGCGCUGGAAUCCUUGCCUGGCUUCAGAGAGAUUGUGAACAGGGGGGUGAAAGUUGAUUACCUGACACCAGACUUCCCCAGUCUUUCCUAUCCAAACUAUUACACACUGAUGACUGGUGAGUACUUUCUUAGACUUUCUCACUACAGGGCUCUUAACAGCAGGCAGCCUUAAUUGUUGCAGAUUGCAUAAAGUCAGUAGUUUCUGUAACACUGCGGGGACGAAUACGGACUAAAUUUUUAAAUGAGGAUUCAUCCUCGCUGAAGAUUAAAAGGAAUGACUGCAGGUCAGUCUGAACUAUAUAUAAAAAAACAAUAAAUUUGUCAAGUUUUUGUUCCACUUUAUUCUCAAGAAAGAAACUUCCCCCCCACAAAUAUAAUCUUGUCAAACAGUUAGACCUUGUUGGCUCAUCUGAAAAGCAAACAGUACAAUCAGAUUUUUUUAUAAAAAAUAAAAAUAAACUUUGGCUAUUAACUGUAGUUGUGGUGACUCGAUAGUAAACCACUUAACUUCUCGCCUCAGGGAAUAUCAGGCAUUAGCAAAAGUAUUAAAUGAUUCUAGGACACAGAAUACUAUUCUCAGCUGGUGCAUCUUCCCUCACUGGAAUACAGUAUUAGAUUGUGCUGAGUGUUCUUCCCCACAUUUCUGAAUAACUGGUUAAGAUAUAAUUUAACAAUUACUGAAAACAGACAUUCAUUUAUUUGAGGGCGUGUAAACACAUUUAAUCAUUUUAUGGAUCAUUUCACUAUAUUAAGCAAAAUUUGCAUCAAUUCUAACUAAAACUGAAAAUAUUGUGGCAGGACAGGAUGGGGUUGUUGUCCCCAUCAUUACAGUAUUUUCUUUCUAUUUUUGUUCGUUGCUUGUCACAGUUGAGAAUGUAGAUGCUUCCACAGCAGGUUUAUAUAGUAAAUAAUGUCAGGUAUGUAAACUUGGAGAGCAUCUAAGGUGCUCUCCAAGUUUUCAUAUUUUGCAAUAAACCUUCCUUUUCAUCCUAGAUAAACUGCAAUUUAUUUGCUUCUCUAGAGUACUUCUAAUAUUUCCCAUUCUGAGCACUUCUGCCAGCGUCAACACACGUGACCCUGGCAUAAUAAAAACCCUUGUGAGUAAAACCGGCAUAAUGUCAUGGUUUGUGACUUUGUGCUUGUGCUGCGGUAGGUACAUUGUUUCCUGCGUUACAAUUAGCUCUAUGAUCAGCAAAUAACUACUUACCCGGCUAGCCGCUGAAAUGUCUUACUCUGAAGAAGCCCCACUCACUUCCAUAGGACUCCCUCAGAAUCAGAAGGUUGUGGACUGGAACUUCUGCAGUGUUUCCAAAGUUCACUUUGCUUCCCAUUCCGGUUACACAGCAGGAAUGUGAGAGAAAGAAAGAGAAUAUAAACAAGGGGCAACUGGUCCAAACACUGUGCAAGGAUCCUGGAAUUAAAAAAGCAAAGCACAAGUUUUGUAUGAUCAAAGCACUGCACUUGAAUUAAAGAGAGGAUCUGCAACAGUUUAAGUAAUAUCCAAAUACAUACAGCACUCUGAACCCCCUGGAUAACUAAGGCUGUAAUCUUAAACACACUUCUGUGUAAACCUGCAUAGGCUUGCUCUGCAUGUUGAGAAGGGUCCAUAGCUCAGCAGUAGAACAUCUGCUUUCAAUCCCUGGCAUCUCCAGAUAGGGCUGAAACCCUGGACAGCUGCUGCCAGUCAGUGUAGACAAAACAGGGCGAGAUGGACCAAUGGACCAGACUCAGAAUAAGGCAGUUUCCAGUGCAAAUCACCCCUGCCAUGCAAUGAUGGGAAGAAGAUGCUGGGAGGUCAGGCAGCUGGAAGAAAGAGUUUGGAUUUGAUAUCCCACUUUAUCACUACCCUAAGGAGUCUCAAAGCGGCUAACAAUCUCCUUUCCCUUCCUCCCCCACAACAAACACUCUGUGAGGUAAGUGGGGCUGAGAGACUUCAGAGAAGUGUGACUAGCCCAAGAUCACCCAGCAGCUGCAUGUGGAGGAGUGGAGACGCAAACCCGGUUCACCAGAUUACGAGUCUACCACUCUUAACCACUACACCACACUGGCUCUCUUAGCCACUGAGGACACCUGUUCUUUCCAGAGACAGUGAUAGAUAUAGGAGUGCUCUCAAACUAUAUACCUGCUCCUUCAGGGAGAGGGCAACUUGAUCAAGAACAGACAACUUGUCAGUUCCCCAAACUUGGGAGCAACUUGCCCACAGGGCUUCUGUAUUACCAGGAUUCAGCUUCAGUUGACUGGCCUUUAUCCAGCCCCUUAAUAAUUCCAGACAUUGGUCAAAGAGACUUCUUAUCACCUCAGAGAUGUGAGGAGUAGAGAAGUAGAGCGGAGUGUCAUCAGCAUACUGCUUACACACCUUGCUCCAUAUUACCAAUUGGAAUGGUCAUCUUUUCUACCCAGUCACAUCUGGUUUAUCAGGUUACUCUAGGAGUAGGACCUGGGAAUGAACCCAUCACUACAUAGGAGUGGCUGCUAGAUGAGAGUGAACCAACAGACACUCCUUAUUUACUUACUGUCACACUACAAAAAUGCAAUAAACUUCCUUGUGCCAUAUUUGAAGAACAAGGGCUAUGAUUCUCACAGUGCACUACUUACCAUACUAGAGGAUUUUGAUUGGGCGGGGAAAUCACAAUAAGCACACCUAGGCUGCAUUUCUUCAAGAAAUAAUUCUUGCAAAGGGGGCACUGGUGCUGGUGUUGCUCCCGUAAGUGCUCCAGCAAGAUGGCACACCGCAUGGCUGUUGGUUGGCAAGGGAAAAUAGGUACAUAAAAAGAGAAUUUACUGGAUGCCAAGAUCCAGAUCUGGGGCAGGUACUCUUUGGUGAAAGAACCCCAGCAGAGAUUUAAAACAUCACAAAAUAUGCAGCAAAGUAAAACAUGGAAGUAUAGGCUGUUAGGCAUUUAAAAGACACCCUCUAAGUUUCUUCCAGAGUUUCCCACUUCCCCUAGCACAAAAAAAGACCAAAUGUUUGGUAAGUUAAAAACAGUUUACUUACAAACUUUUCCAAAGUCAGAUUCAUGUGCUUUUGCAUGCAGCAUUCAGGAAACACAGGCAACAAAACUUAGGUUAGUUCCAAAGUGUUGAAAGUUCCAAAAUUAUUAGGUACAGGAAGACAAGGAUUGUUUGUAGAAAAGGUGAGGGGGAGUGAUCUAGCUAAGUCUGGAAAUGUAGCUCAAUAAAGGCAUAACUAACACUAAAAUGCUUUUAUCAGGAGUGGGUACCAAGGUGAAAUUUUGGUGUUCCUAGUUAGUUGCAGGUCCCUUCUGGAUUCUAUCCAGAAGAGCCAAUCCCUUAGUCGACACACUUACUCAAGGUCAAAGCAGAGCUCAGUUUUGGAAAAAAAUAAUAGUCUAAAACAGUUUGACACACUGCUUUCCAGAGUUGGUUAUCACCCAAUUGCAGGAAAACACUCAGCUGACACAGUGGCAAUUCUUUUAAUAUAUUUUAACUGAGCAAGGUCCACUCUUGCCUUAAUUGUCGGCCACCCGGAUUCUGUACGAAGAAGGAUCUUUCAGGAAAACCACGACUGGUACAUGUUUGUUGUGAUUAUAGCCCCAAGUCUGUACUCAUUAGUGAAACACUCUGGUAAAUGCCAGUCAAAGACUCCUGCUGUCCCAGACCUGAUAAUUUUUGUGGUGGUUAAGUAUGGCUUUAGCUCUGUGCAUUUUUAUUCUUCUGCUAUGUGUUUUUAAUUUGUUUAAUGCUACGGAGUUGUAUUCCUCUACUGUUUAGUUUUUAAAAUUGUGUAGUUUGGCCUUCUUCAAGCGCUCUAGCUACUUUGGACUACAGUUCUCAUUAACCCCAGCCAUCAAGGGUUAUCACAUCAGCAUAGACUUGUUCUAUUUGCUGUGGGUUUUUUGGAUUUUUCUUGCACUUGUAAUACAAUAUAAAAACAAGAGCAAAUAAAAAGUAAGUUGCCUACUGUGUUAUCGGGCAGUCUGUAAACAAACAAAUAGGGAUGCAGGUUCCCUGAAUCAUAAAUAUUCACAGGUGUGCAAACAUAAUUUGCAAAUAUAGAAACAUUUCUUAAUUCCAUUUUCUAGCCCUCUACCUUUACAGUCCAUUGCUGUUAAAAUUCCCCCCACCCCACUGCACUGCCAGAGAAGAUUAUCAUCUCCAGUAAGGGAGCAGCAAAUGAACAGUUUUGAGCGGGGCAAGCAUCCAGAGACCCGAUGUGCUGUACAGAAAGUAAUAUGGAAGUACUUUCCCCUGUUUUCUAUAAGGGGGUCAAUAGCUCUUUAACCUACGCUGCAUUACAUCUGGGCUGACUGAUGCUAGAAGACGGGAACUCCCUGGCAUGUGAAGCUUGUCGGGGGCAAUGAAGUGUAAUCAGGAAGGUUACAGCAGCAGGCAGAUGCGUGAAAAAGUACUUUUCUAAGAGCAAGGAGAGACUGUUGGUGCUGAAGUUAGAUAGGGAAUGUGGUGAUGGGAUGCUCCAGUGGGAUCUCCCCCCCCCCCCGAUGGUUCAGAACAGGGGUCAGCAACCUUUUUCAGCCGUGGGCCGGUCCACCAUCCCUCAGACCAUGUGGGGGGCCAGACUAUAUUUUGAAAAAAAAUAUGAAUGAAUUCCUAUGCCCCACAAAUAACCCAGAGAUGCAUUUUAAAUAAAAACACACAUUCUACUCAUGUAAAAACACGCUGAUUCCUGGACCGUCCAUGGGCCGGUUUGAGAAGGCAAUUGGGCCACAUCCAGCCCUUAGGUUGCUUGCCCCUGGUUUAGAAAGUUGUUGUGAAAUUUUUGGUCAAUUGUAGAAAGACAUGGCAACUGUUGACAGAAGGUUAGAUCAACUGCAGCAAGCUGAUUCCUACAUAUUUGAGGUCUUAUUCCCAUAUACAGUGGUACCUCGGAUUACAUACACUUCAGGUUACAGACUCCACUAACCCAGAAAUAUUACCUCAGGUUAAGAACUUUGCUUCAGGAUGAGAACAGAAAUUGUGCUCCGGCGGCGCGGCGGCAGCAGGAGGCUCCAUUAGCUAAAGUGGUGCUUCAGGUUAAGAACAGUUUCAGGUUAAGAACGCACCUCCGGAACGAAUUAAGUACUUAACCCGAGGUACCACUGUAGAACAUAACAAAAUAUGAUAACAAAUGCCAAAAAGUAAAAGUAAAAGGGAUAAUCCAGAACUGAGUGGUGAUUACAUGCUGUACUUACUAUGCUACAAAUCACACAGCUAGCUUCUGUGAUCACUUCCAUGAACUGCACAAGUACUCCUGAAAACACAAAAAUUUUCAUAGAGAGAUGGGGAAGGCUUAGGGAAAUUCUUAUCGUCUCAGCCCUUCAACUGUGUUUGCUUGUUUAAAACAUUUUUUAUUAUCACCUACAAUAAAAUACCACAAUAAUGAUAGUGACCCAUCUUACAGGGAUGUGAAAUGCUCUGAAAAGAAAAAUAUCAAGUAUUGUUAUUAUAUGGUUUUAAUCAGCUACAAUGCCUCCUCUGUGUCUACAAAAACAGUGAGCCACAACAAUGGGUAGUUAAAUACAGCAAGGGAGGUUAUGAAUAGCCAGUUAUUACUGUUAACAAUGUUUUGCAUAGCAAUUUAUUGUGCAGUAAUUUUUGCCUACCUAAAUCUUCAAGAAUAUAUCUGUUAUGACCUAAAAUGAGUCCAGUUAAUACUUAAUUAUGAAAGAAACUGAGGGGAAGAGAAUAUGAUAAUUUGUUCGCUAUCUGGUGACAAAUCUAUUACAUGGGACUGGCCUUGAAAACUGUUCAGAUAUUACUGCUUUCUGGCAGAUUCAGCCCUACCAUUAGGAAGGGUGAGGAAGUCACCUCAGGCAGUUGAUUUUGGGUAUCCUGAAGGGCAGAAAAUAGUUUUUUAUAUUACUUCUGGGGACAGGUAGAAGCACUUAUGGGAUUUUUUAUUUAUAUUUUAUGCCUUAGGUGGAAAAAUUAUUUGACAAGUCUUUGAUGCUGUGCAUCUCAACUUGUUUGUGAUCACCUGCAGUACUUCAGACAGCAAGCUGUCUUGGGCCAACCUUGCAUAUAAUCUUUCUUUCCUUUCCAGCAUUUGCCAGUUUGCACCCAAGCUUGGCAGAAGGUGCUGGUAUUUAUUUACAAAGCUGUUAGGGCUUACCUAUAAAGGCUUAAACAAUCAGGUAACAAACACUAUGUCACAUGUAAAGCCCCACAACAGAUGAAUCAUCCCUGCUUUGCAACUGACAGAAAUUUGUUGAGAUAGAGGUGAGGCUUAUGGAGUAAUGACUUCUCCACGUAAAUGUAGAACAUCCAGCUAUGUAAUAUCUUUGUUAAAUGGAACAAAAUUAUUGAAAAUAUUCCUGUUCCGUUCCAUCAUGUUUGGGAGAAAUACGUGAUGCCUGCUACUACUCCCCCUGCCCAAAUCAUAAUUGGGUUUUAUAUUUACAUUUUACUGCUUGGAUUCUAGUUUCAUUCUGUGGUAUGAUUUUUAAAGAUAACUUACAUUUCCAUGGGUGCUCUGUAGCAGCCAAGAGAUCUGAGGUCUUAAAUGUCGAAGAAUUGCUCAUACAUGGGAAGAAAAGCAUUGGCACUGGCUUUCCAUCCAAUUUACUUUUUCUAAAUAGGGUUCAGUGCCGUUAUUAUUAUUUUUAAUCUGCAUGUCACACACUCAUUCCUUGAAUAAGUUUACCAUUAUUCUUAUAAUGUUUCCAUUGAACAAGAAGGAGCAGUAGAGAACAGGUGCAUGCAUAGGUGACCCUUAAAAUAAAAACAGUAAAAGGUGGGCAGCCCAUCUUCAACAUUAGGGGAGGGGCAAGACUGACAGCUCGUUCCAUUUGAGCACGUUGACAUGUACAUCUGCCCCACAAUCUGCAAGCGAAGAACUCAUGAAAUUUCUCUUUGCAUCUUCUUCACACUAAGUCAAUACAACUUUAACUUUCCUCUCCCUAUUUUGCAUUAUAUCAAAUGCCAGUCUAGGUGGCUUAUGACAAUACAACUUGAUGAUGUUUUACCAGUCAUUUCAUUCAUCCAUACUAGAAAGAGAGCAUGAGUUCUGCAGCUCUUCUGGGGGUGCACAAUAAUAGAUACUUUUCUUCAAAACUGCAUCUUUACAUUCAUUACUUAUUUGCAAGAUUUGAGCUGGAGUAAUUCUUUAUCUAGUGCCCUCUAAGUCUACGAGAGAGAAGUGAGACUUUAUUCUACUUCCACAGGGCCUUGAAAUGGGUAUGGGGGUGUUAUGACUGCUAAACAUAACUGAGAAGUGAGGCUAUAAAGCAAUCAUCUCACCUUCUAGGUCGCCACUGCAAUGUCCAUCAAAUGACUGGGAACUACAUGUGGGAUGCAAGUACAAAUAUGUCUUUUGAUAUCGGCGUGAAUCAAGAGAGCCUGCUGCCUCUUUGGUGGAAUGGAUCAGAGCCCUUGUGGGUCACUAUGAUGAAAGCAAAGAGGAAAGUCUUCAUGUACUAUUGGCCUGGUGAGUGUUGCUGAAUUCUGCACUUCUUAAAAUUGCUGACUAACAUUACAUGUUCUACUUUUUAACUGCUCUAAAUGCAACCUCAAGAUCGAUCGCUCUGGCUCUGACCCAACGCACAGCAACCAGAAGACUCUGUUUAAAAAGCUUGAAUACCAUCAACCAGCAAGGAAAGUCAAGCAGAUGGGAACUGAAACUGGUCCACUUAUUGCUUUCUCUUCUAGCAUAGUAAGACUAAGAAUGGAAUAAGAACCCUUCUGAAUUAAUCCAAAACCCCAUCUAAACCAGUAUCCUAUUUCGUACAUUGUCAGCCUAAGGGAACCUGUGUAUCUAUGGGGGGCAUGCAAGCAGGACAAAUGGCCCACAGCCAUCUCUCACUGUUGUUCCAUGGUAACCGGUACUCAGAGGCAAAGUGCUUCCGAUUCUGGGGGUAGUAUACUGCAGGGUACACACUUCUGCACACGAGGAAGCCUUUAAGCGGAUGGCAACACCUAUUCUUAGCUAUCUAUAAAAUGUUAUAGGCUGGUGGGGGGGAGCUAGAAAUUAAUAAAUGGUAGGAUUUUGAUUAUUUGGGAUAUGAAGGGAAAACAACAGCUGUGGAUGAAUUCCUGGGCUAGCCUGUGUAGAAAACAAUCUGGCCUAGCAAGGGCCAUUAAGAAACAGUACAGGGCCACUGAGGGCCAUUGGCAAUGCAAGGUAACUUCCCACCUUCCCACCUGCCCUGAGGCUACCAGGGUAACUGGGUAUGAUGGCACCGGAAUAUUUUGGGCCUUUGGUUCAAGGCUUGGGAUAGCUGAGAAAAGGCAGAGUAAUCCUGGCUGGCUGGCUGAAGGCAAGCUGGAAGAUAUGCAUUAGACUUCCGUGCUGCACUGCUAUGGGCAACGAGCCCCUCUCGAGACGACCAUGCUGCAAUAGUUGGACUCCUACCAUCUAAAUUCAGGUGUAAAUAUGUGAAUAAAUAGUAUUUCUUAGAGUUACGACAGCCUCCACCACGUCUUCAAUUCCCCAAAGGAGCACAGACCAUGGUUGAGGGCCAAGACACCUGGAAUCCCGUGCACAACUGGGCAGGAAUUGAAGUAGCGCUACCACAACCAGGGCAACAAUACUGUGGGAUAUUGGAUGUCAUAUGAGAAAGAUGCACAGGAGUAUCGUCACCUUGACUGCAAUUUGCAAAUCGUUUAAUCUAGAAAAUACAUAUGUGCUAUUUUUUCAAGAAAAAGAGGUGCCAGAACUCACCACUAACACCUCCGUUGUUCUCUUAGAAUAGCAAUGGCAUCCACCUGAGAGAUGCCAGAACUGAACUCCUGUGAGUUCCCCGUUCCUCCUGAAAAAAAGACCUGCAUAUGUCAGCUGCUUAGUGUAGCUGCCUUGAGAACCAUGUUAGCACUUACCUACAGUCACCAACAGAUGUUCUAUCACAUAUAAAUGGAUCCUAACAUUUGAGCUGCAAACUUCUGAUAUUAAUCUCACCAAAAUAGUAUUCGGUUAAUUCUGUUCAUUAGGCAAAAAGCAUAUUUAUUUCAAUGAAUAUUUUCUAAUACGUUUUCCAAUAAGAGCAGUAUGUUGAUCAACAUUGUCAAUGUAUCAGGCCAUGCCUCUUAUGUAUCUGGAAUGCCAACAUGCAAAUAUAUGCAAAGUUCAACAAUUCCCUUUUUCCAUUAAAAAUUGGCAUCCAUAACCCAGAGAUUCAUGGGCACCCCAGGAUAUACUGGUGUAUUUCCUAGUCAGUCACUAGUUUUGCUAAACCCACAAACCACUUUCGCUUUGGAGGUAACAUUGAAUGUGGAACUAUUGACAAAACUCUUGAGAUAUAGUCACUGGAUAUUAUGCUUUCAUUCUACAAAUGAAGUCCCACGUUAAUACUGCUUUUGUAAUGGCAAUAGUUUACUGUUGCUCCUUAUGUGUGUGCACACUUUGAUAUAUGUGCAGGACUCUGUUUGUUUGUGCACAGAGAAUGCAAAUGAGGCAGCUGAACUACUCAUUCAUGUUCUAUGCUAAUUCAUCUCAUCUUACCACGUAUGCACUUAGUCACGUCUCCCCUCAUACAAUACUGCAUAAGAUCAUUCAACAGAAAGGGCAGUGUCUCAGCAACAGACAGAUACAAUAAUAAUAAUAGCAAUAAUGACAAUACAAGUUGGCAUUUGCUCAAUUCUGACAGGCAGAGAAACAAGCCAAGCCAUUCUUCCUUUCUUAAAUAGGAAACCUGAUGAACAGCUAAACUAUCACAGCCCGUUAAGCCUUGCACACAAAUUGCUAUUGCUGUCAGAUGUUCUUCAAAUCCAUCCAAAUGGAAUCUCAUCUUAUGAUAAUUCCCAAAUGAUUGUUUGACAAUGUCAGCCUGUCCAGUUUUUAUAAAUACUUGUACAACAUAAUAAAGAAUUAAAGUCGUUCGAUAAAUUUUAAAACAUGAAUCAUUUCAUAAUCAGAAAACAGAUUCUGAACUAAGUUUUAAAACUGUAGAAACUAUUAAUUACUGGAGGAUUUUGUCUUCAAAAGUUAAAUUGCACUCAAUUAAUGUGUCUAUUUCAAUGGUUAGACACCCUCAAGUUAGGCAGCAACAUUUUAAAUUAUUCCCUGAUUAAAACAAUUAGGACAAAAUAAGCAUUAACAUUUUAAAUACUGCAGAAUGCUUAAUUAAAAUCUCCUGUAUUUGAAAGCCACCCAAAACAAGGCAAAGAAAUCUAAGGCAUCUAAAAAUGCUAAAAGCUCAAAAAUGGUUGAGUCUCAAGAAGAAGGAAACUCCACAGUUACGGUGGAGCCACUUAGAACAUAUCUGUACCUGACUUUGCAAUGUACACAAGAAAAUACUAUCGUUUGCUCUUAAAGAUGACAGUUCCAUGGAACUAAUGCUACAACCUGGGAACACUUCCUUGCCCAUGCUUGGCCCAGAAUGGACCAUGGAUGAGCACAGCAGGAGUUGGGAAGAAGACUGUAUUGUGCCAGGUGUAUAUCAUGGUUCUGAACCAUUGGAACCACUCACCUGCAGUCUAAAGUCAUACAGUCUAGUCAGAAUAUUUGUUAAACUUGAACAACUAUAUGCCUCAGAGCACAUGGUAUCUCAGAAUACAUGACAUAACUAACAUCUGUGCAUCAACACUUUUGUGGAUCACUGAUACUGUUGUGAAAGAACCAUGCAAAUAAAUUGACCGCUUUUGAGCUCCCGAUUAUUAUUGAUAAAAUGUUACAGUCCUCUCAUCUUUUUCAAAACUUGAUUUAAGGUCAUGUCAAAUAACAUUUUGAAGUGACUAUGCAGCUGCUCAGUUUGUUUAUAAGAAUAUGGACGUGUUUACUUCAGCUAAAGUUGAAUGACCAUGUCACUAGUGAAUUUUAAAAAUCUAAAGUACAAAACCACAAAUUCCAUUCCUUUUACCCCUCUCCUUCUGAUCAAGACAUUUCCCAGACCAUUUGCAGCAAUCUGGAAACCUUUAAAAGAGUUGUGUUAUGACAUUCGGCAUACAACUGCUAAACCAAUGUUUAGAUAUACAAUUGGAAAACGAUAGAGGUUCAAGUCUCUGUGUCAAACAUAUAAAGAUGCAGAAUACUAUAUAUAAGAAAGUGAAAUGAAAUAGAAGUUUGUUAAGGCUUUAACAGGACCUUACUAUAUAAUACGAUACCUACUACUACUACUACUACUACUAUAAUACAAAAUAGUGCAACUGGGGUAGUUAAAUGGUCUAAAUACCAAAAGAGAUAUAGGCAGAGCAGUCAGACAGGCUGCAGACGGACAAAAGCCUUUGCAGUUAGUUGUACUAAGCGAAGGGAAUAGCCCUUUGUGUAGGCUCUCAUCCCCUCUGUUGACUGCUUUUGGAGAUUUUUGUACAGUUUCAGAAGCUGCAGAACCUGCCUGAUUGGAGAUGAUGGUGGUGGGACAAAAAUGUGUGCAUGCUCAAUGGAGAAUAAUGACUGUGUACCUGUACUAUGAUUUUGAAAAACUGGUCUUCAGCCUUAGAGCCCACCAAGCUAUGCUUUACAAAAUCAUGCUUUUGCUCACCGUUUCUACCUGCUGGCAAGAAGGAAAUACACAAUGCCAUAGAACCAAGACCCAUGUUCAGGUGGGUUUUAAAGUUUAGGAAAAUGUGCUUUAUGAAGCUCUCUAUAGGUCAGACGGACAUAGUAAAAUGCAGCGGGGGGGAAAAAAAAGGACCUGAAAGCGGAAAAAGAACAAUAAUAGAAACCCAAACAAUUACAAACAAUUACUUAAAGAGCAGAAAAUGCUACGAGGACCAUCAAUACCUGGCCUCUUAGGGCAGCUGCUGAGAACUAGUUGUUACUAGAUAACACAUAAAUUUUGAAAGCAUGUAAUUCAUUACUUAUAUAGAGGGCAUCUGACAUGCCUCAGUUCUAGUUACAGGUAGGUAGCCGUGUUGGUCUGCCAUAGUCAAAACAAAAUAAAAAUAAAAUAAAAUAAAUCCUUCCAGUAGCACCUUAGAGACCAACUAAGUUUGUCAUUGGUAUGAGCUUUCGUGUGCAUGCACGCUUCUUCAGAUUCUUCAGUGUAAGACUUCCCACAUUACUUGUUUUCUCCAAUGCCACCACCAUUUCCCUUCAUUCCCCCUUUUGUUUGACUCUCCUGGGACUAUUCGAGGAAAUACAUAUUACAGAACUAUGAUUUCAGGGUGUCUGGGUUAUGAAAAACUAAAUUGCUUGUGUUUUUUGUUGCUAAGCAGAGCAGCUAUAAAUAUUAAUACUAAAACACGGUUCUCCUGUGUUCAGAGCUCACGUUCCCCCCUUUAGGAGUUGCCACAAGCUUCUAGGACUCAAAUCAGUGCAUUUUUUCUGGGAAAGGUUUGAGGUGACGGAAAGUUAAUUGGUGUAAAAUGCUUUCAUAAGAUCCUGUGGGGAAAGAGAUUCAACAUUUCAGUUCCAGAAAGAGGUUUUGCACAUCUGAAUACAAAAUAUUUGGUAAAAGUAUUUUUGAUUCUAGACUAUUGAUGUUCUUAAUUUAUUGUAAUAUGGAGCAGUGUAACUGAUUAGUCCUAUACAAACAAAACUGAUAUUUGAAUAAAAUUAAGAGUUUUUAUUCGAAAAAAAAUGGUUGAAUUUUAAAAUAGUUUAAUUCUAACAAGCAGCUAACCAAAAUGGCUGCAAAUCCUUCAGAUUCCAGUUCUGAAUGUUCAAAAUUAGCCCUUUUCUUUUGGGAACAUACCAGGAAUAUACAGAAUUCAUGUCUAAGGUCAACAUUUUUUAUUUUCAGAUUUUGGGUUUCAAGACGGAUGUUUACGGGGUGCCCUGGAUAUUUUAGGGGAGUGCAGGGGGAGGAGAGAAAGAGGAAGUCCUGGUGCAAAAGCAGAACUUCACUGGUGCAGGCUUGUAUAUCUCAAUCUAAGAGUUAAGAGUCCCUUUCAAUAUAUCCAUCCCUAUCUAAAUAUUGAUGACAUUAUUUAAAUUCGUAAUUCAAAAUUCGGAAGCUGAAUUAAACUAAUUAAACACUUUGCUUUAGGGUGUGAAGUUGAAAUCCUUGGAAUUCGACCUACCUACUGCCUACCAUAUUAUAGUGUUCCAACAGAUGGCAAUUUCUCCAAUGCUGUAUAUAGUGCUAUUGAGCUUCUGAGGUAAAGUAAUCAAAUGUUUUAUUUAUUUCUCUAAUCUGAGGAGUAAAACCUUCCUCCCCAUAAGAGUAGCAGCAUGAUAUGAUAACAAAGGUAAUUCAUUUUGGUUUUCUGCAUUAUGGGAGAUGCGAGAAAGGACCCUUAAUUGAGAUAAUGCAGGGAGGGGGUGGCAGAUGAGGGGGGGAAAUAUGGCAAAGACCAACAUCGUUUCCCUCAGCUCCCUCUUUGUUUUCAUCUCCAGUUAAAUUUGACACACAGACACACACAGAUGGGGAAAGAGGAAGAAGUCAAUAAUGGUUAUGAAUGUAGCACUUUCCAAAUGAAGAUUUGUACCUAUUUAUACAACUGUCUUCCCAAUGUACAGUAUUCUGAAGAUUAGUUCGGCAUGCUAAAAGCCACUGAAAGCAUCAACACAGACUGGCAUUACACCAUAAAAACUGGUUGUGUGAACUUUACCAUUAGUUCCGAAGCUGCUCCACUUGGAACGGCCUAUUUACUUGUUGACUAUAUCUAUAAACUGUCUUUUGGACAAAACAUUUAGGGUAUAAAAAAAUGGCUUACAAUAUAAGAAACAAUGGUCCAAUGAGGGGAGGAAGAGGCAAAUUAGCAAAUUCAGGAAUGUAGAGGAAUUAAAAAGCAUGGCCUGCGCCUUUUCUGUCUGCAACACUUAGCUGCACAUAGCAUGAAAAAAUCCAAGUCUUAGUGUUGAUUCUGAAAGAUGCUUCAAAAUAGUAGCAUACUAUACUUGUUUUACACCUAACUCUUCUGUGGUGUUGCCACUCUAGAAGGAGCAGAGCGGAUAUGGCAGCAGUGUAUUAUGAACGGAUUGAUGUAGAAGGUCAUCACUACGGUCCCUCAUCUAUUCAGAGGAAUAAUGCCUUAAAAGCAGUGGAUAACGUAUUGCACAAUAUGACAAAGCUUAUCAAGGUUAGUGUUACUUAGAGGCUACGGGGUCUGUUAAUUGCCCCACAGUCCUUUCCUUAUCUUUGUUAAACAUUCUUUGUAACUGUUCAUCAAAGGUUUCAUCACACCUUAUAUAUACAUCUACACAUUGUUUGAAAUGGUAACACACAUUGUACCUGUUCCAGAUGUGAGUCAUAGGUACUUGUGAUCAAAUCAAUGCACGUAACUGCUUCAGAUGUGACAGGGUACACUUGCUGUACUCUUGGCCAUUGCUGGAUGUGAUGUCAUAAAAUGCAUAAACACUGCUACCGCUUACACACAAGGAAAUAAAGGGAAUAGUAUAUGCUGUGCUUGCAAUGGUUCCCAAAUGGCUGGCUCCAGAUAGUGAAGAAAACCAGUUUCGUCAGAGCUCCAAGGUAAGCCCACCGCCACCACAGCAAAGUCAGAAUGCCAAUGUAUGCACGGAGUACCCAAUAAAUUCGGUGAGAAAGUGAGAGGAUUGUCAGUUUGUAUGCUCCACCUCUUCCAAGUUAAAAGGGACAACUAAGUGCCUGUCUUCAGGGCCCUUAAAUUACCCAAGUCCUCAGGCUCAGUAUCAGGCACCUUCAAUUGUAACAUCUACAACCCUUCCUCAGCCACCAACCCCAUUUAAGCCAAAUCGUGCUUUCCAACUAGCCACUAAAGGAGUCAUCAUAAAAAGGAAAGGGGGAAGAAUCUAUUUGCCCACUUCCCUGCCAUUUGAGCACUGAGCAGAACUGGGAGAAGCCUCUGUCUGAAGUCUUGAAUGUGAAACAUUGGGGUAACUGGGUACAUAGAUUCACAUGUUCCCUCAAAGAAUGAUUAAAUCUACCAUAUUAAACUAGAAAAUCAGUGGGCAAGGACUGCUCUGUUUCGCUUUCUUGGCAUCCACUGACAUUUUGCAGCUAUGUAAUAAAUGUAGUAAGGGACGCGGGUGGUGCUGUGGGUUAAACCACAGAGCCUAGGACUUGCCGAUCCGAAGGUCGGUGGUUCGAAUCCCCGCGACGGGGUGAGCUCCCGUUGCUCGGUCCCAGCUCCUGCCAACCUAGCAGUUCGAAAGCACGUCAAAGUGCAAGUAGAUAAAUAGGUACCACUCCGGCAGGAAGGUAAACGGCAUUUUCGUGCACUGCUCUGGUUCGCCAGAAGCGGCUUAGUCAUGCUGGCCACAUGACCCAGAAGCUCCCUUGGCCACUAAAGCGAGAUGAGCGCCGCAACCCCAGAGUCAGUCACGACUGGACCUAAUGAUCAGGGGUCCCUUUACCUUUACCUAAUAAAUGUAGUAAGCGCAUUUAGCGCGCAUAACAGAUUGAUUCACGUCAUCCAGAUUACAGCAUACAAUAAGCAUGAGCUAGCAAGAUAAAACUGCAGCCUGCCUGCUCAUCAGUGUGGGAAGGUGGAAGCAAAUUUAAUUGAUUCUGCAAUAACUGCAAGGUUAUUCUCUUGGAUUUUUAAAAGCCUUUCAUAGCUUGCAACCUACACACAGAGUAUCCAUCUGAACAUUAAAUCCACCAGCACUCCAAUAUUUCAAGACCUACACAUAUAAAAUACUGCUCAGGAGGUUAGAAUGAGUGCAAGUAGCAAAAGGGUUUUAUGGUGUUGUUCCUGCUACUCCUCAUUUUAUGCUAGUCCAUAGACUACUCGAUUUAGCUUGGCAAGACAUGGUUAUAUUUUAAAGAAACUAUAAAGAAUCAGAGAAAGUUAGUCUGCAAACCAAGAGGGUAGUAACUUAGUUGUGACUAACAGCAGAAGCAGAUGUUAAUCUCUCAUUGUGCUACUUCUGAGGGAAUAUUUAUUGUGCAGCCACAGGGAACCCACCAAAACCAGCCUCCCUCUGGCAAAUGAUCCCUGCUCUGGUAGGAAUGUGUAGUCGCACAAGUAUUCACUCAGAGAGGCUUGCCUUGCACCAUCAUUACAUGUCUUUAGGCACCAGAUAAAAACAUUCCUCUUUACCCAGACCUUUAGCCAUUAAAUAAUCUAUGGCCUGUUAAAACUGGGUGAGGGGAUGACUGUUAUUAUGAUCAUUUUAUUAUUAUGCUGCCUGUUAUGCUUUUUAUUAUGUUUUUAUUAUUGAUGCUCUGUAAAAUGUGUUCUUAAUGAUGUACACUACCCUGGGAUCUUUUGAUAAAGGGCAGGAUAUAAAUUGAAUUGAUGAUGAUGAUGAUGAUGAUGAUGGUUUGGAACAUCAAAUUGUAAAUCUCUACCGCUUCCAGCCAUUGGCACCAAGAAUGAGGGCCGGGGAUGCAGAGACUUAGGUCAUUUCCACAUUACCUGUUUAUUGUACUUGCACCUUGAUUUGUUUGUGGAAAGUUUGCAGGGAGGCUAGACAGUUUUGGCUAUUUAUUGAAUUCUGAAUUGUUUGCAGGAAGGCUGUAUGAUGCUGCAUCAAACAAUUCAGUUCAUUUCUCCAUCACUUUCCUUAUCCCCCAAAGCCCAAGCUUUUUGUGGGAAGUGGGUUGACUGUGCAAGACUGCCACACCAACUUCAACUGCGCAACCUGAAUUUGCCAGUAUAGGAAUGAAUCCUACCCAAAAAACAGCACAUCUGGAAGGGCCCUUACACUCAAUGGUUGCAUUCUCAUCACAGUGUACAGUGGUACCUCGGGUUACAUACGCUUCAGGUUACAUACGCUUCAGGUUACAGACUCCACUAACCCAGAAAUAGUGCUUCAGGUUAAGAACUUUGCUUCAGGAUGAGAACAGAAAUCGUGCUCCGGCGGUGCGGCGGCAGCAGGAGGCCCCAUUAGCUAAAGUGGUGCUUCAGGUUAAGAACAGUUUCAGGUUAAGAACGGACCUCUGGAACGAAUUAAGUACUUAACCCAAGGUACCACUGUAUAGCAUGUAUAUUCCAUCUCUAACUUGACCCAUUUAUUUCAACUUAAGUGCAAUUUUCUCUGAAUCAAGACUAGAAUGUUAUUUGAUAUCAGCCCCUUUUAAGCUUGGAAUGGUGAAGGGAUUAUUCCCCCACAGCACAUUUUCUUCUAUCAAUGAUGGCACGGCAGGAAUGGUGAAUCUGCUUACCGAACUGAAAAUGGGAAGUGCAUUGUGUAUUUUCCCCAAGCUGCAAUCACAGUCUUUACUAUCUUGACAGGACAAGGGCCUGCAGAAUGACCUGAAUGUCAUUCUUUUCUCGGAUCAUGGGAUGACUGACAUUUACUGGAUGGAAAAAGUGAUCGAGCUGAGAAAUUGUAUCAACAUGAGCGAUGUUAUACAAGUAAAGGACCGAGGUCCUGUUGUAAGCCUGUGGCCAGCCAAGGAGAAGCAGUCCGAGGCAAGGGACCUUUUCUCUUUCUUUACCCACUUUGUGCCAAUCAGGGGUUUUUCCCUGCUUUCCUGUACCGCUUAACACCCAGUUCUGCUGCUUGGCCUCCACACUCGGGCGUUACUUAUGCAUUCACAGGGAAGAACCUGGUCCUGGUACAUUAUUUAUUAUUAUUAUUAUUACUACUACUAUUAUUACAGUUGUACCUCAGCUCCCGAACGCCUUGGAAGUCGAACAUUUCGGCUCCUGAAUGAUUGAAAACUGGAAGUGAGUGUUCUGCUUUUCGAACUUUCUUUUGGAAGCCGAACAUCGGAUGGCUCUUCCGCAGCUUCUGAUUGGCUGAAGGAGCGUCCUGCAGCCAAUCAGAAGCCACGCUUUGGUUUCCGAAUGUUUCGGAAGUUGAACGUAUUCCAUUUGACUUCCAAGGUAUGACUGUAUUAUUAUUUUAUUUUAUUUAUUAAAUUUGUAUACCGUCCUAUACCCAUAGGUCUCAGGGCUGUUCACAAGAUAAAAAUCACAAAAUAAAAACCCAAAAUACAUAAUCAAAUAAAUAAAACAAACAAACAAAAGAACAAAACAAAAACAGCCCAAUAACCCCCUGAAGGUCUACUGAAGGUGAAGAACCUAGACUAGGAAGAAUUGCACGUCGUCUGCUAGCGUCCUACAGUCAUGCAUCGUAGCCCUAAGGCAGGCUUCCUCAACCUCAGCCCUCCAGAUGUCUUUGGUCUACAACUCCCAUGAUCCCUAGCUAGCAGGACCAGUCGUCAGGGAUGCUGGGAACUGUAGUCUCAAAACAUCUGGAGGGCCGAGGUUGAGGAAGCCUGCCCUAAGGCAAUACUGCUGUAGUGCCCUUAACAAACUGGGCUCAGCCUAAGAGAUUGGUCCAUCCUUUAUGCGUCAUCAUGACCUCUGAAUCACCUUCCCAUCAAUAGGUCAGAUUUUAUCAGCAGGGUCUGCAUGUCACUUUAAACUACAAUUGAGCUUAACUAUGGCAUAAAGGCUGGUGCAUGGAACAAAAAGUGGCCACUUGGCUCCUUCCUGUGCCUUCUGCUGCCAUAAUGCUCCCAGCCAAGCCAUAGUUUGGCCAAGUAAUGUGUACAAAAAUGCACACGCUAUAGUAAAGUGUGCACAAAAACCCAUAUAUUCAUGAAAAUAACAUACAAAAAUGCAUUACAUUAGGGAAAUAGGAUUUGCAAAAUUAUGUGUGCGGUAUUAGGCAAAAUUCACUGACAAUUUUUUGUAGUAGUAAAUUGAUGUGGAUAUGUGGAGAACUGAAGAAAAAUUAGAACUUGAGAAACCAAGUUCGCCUGUCACCACUUUCAAGUAAAUGUGCACAGGACUGCAACCUUAAUAUGUUUCAAAAUAUUACUACCUAGCUUUGUCACUGGCUCAGCUAGGAAUGCAAAUACAUUAUUUACUUCUCAGCAAGAUGGGGGUGCAGAAGUCCAAUUUUCCCUCCUUUAAUUAUAUCCAAGCUCAAUAUUUUAAAAGGAAUAUUUUUCAUGGGGUUUUCUGCACAAGUUAGUAAGCCCACAGUGUUCCCAUAAUAGUUGUUUUUAAAAGGCCAUAUAUCUUAGGGCAGUGUGAUCGUCCAUGCCAGCAAUUAUGAUGUGCAUUGAGGCUUCAUAGCUUUUCUUUCUUUGCAGGUAUACAACAAACUGAAAAAUGUGCCACAUAUGACAGUUUACAGGAAAGAGGAUAUCCCUGCUCGAUUUUAUUAUAAAGAAGGGAAAUUUGUCUCUCCUUUGACACUUGUCGCUGAAGAAGGAUGGUUCAUAGUGGAGGUAAAUCAUCUGUGUCAGGGCUAUACAAGUUGUGACCCAUCAAAUAGAAGACAGGCAUGAAUAGUGGCCUGUCUGAUGCUUCAUAAGUCCUCUGUUUUUUGUUUUUGUUUUUUGCUCUGUAGCAAAACCAGGAAGUUUAAUAAGUCCCUUGUGGGCCACCAUACAUGGUUGAUAUACUCUAUUUCGCUUGUUGGGUCAUAGGUUGUACUGACAGUUUGUAUGAGUCGUUUUAAACUAAGGCUGUUUUUCAAUAUAACCAUAUUUGGAAGAAAAUUAAAGUUAACAUUACUGUUUGAAAAGCUGAAAUCACAUUUUCAUUUUAGGAAUAUAAGAAGAUAUUUACAUCUAUUUUAAUUAACUGGUUUAUUCUAAAAUUAUUUUCACAAUAUCUAGCUCAGGGUGGAUUAGCAUUUUACAUUAAAUGUUUUCUUUCUCUAAAUGUCAGAAACUUUGCUGAUACUGGUUAGGUUCUUCUGGAGUAAGUAUGUCUCUUCCUACUCUUAAUUUUUUAUUGUUUCUAGCUUUUGAGAAUAGCUUUCCACUAUACCAGUUAUUCCUGAACCACUUUCAUUAUUAACAGAACAGAAUUUCAAAAAUGGCUUUUUAUUAUAUAGCGAAUAAUUAAUUUUUCAUUUCCUCCCUAUCAAAGGGACUGUAAAAUGGCUGCCAAACUUAUCAAAUAUUAUAUUCAAUAUAUUUUAAGGUGUUAUUGUUGAAAAUGUCUCAGCAACUCAAAAUGUUUUCUUCUUCUUAACUGCUCCAUCUCACAUCAUUUUGAAAAGGCAUAAGCAGAACACAGAUGUCAGAAAUGUCUUUGUCAUGUUAGUCAUCUGCACCAUUUUGCAUACAAUCAGAUCUCAUUUUUAAGCUUCCUACCAUAUAUAACACCUACAGGUGUAAUGAUUUUCUUGGCUUGAGAAAAUCUUCAAUUCUACAUCUGGUCCUAAAUUAUAGCCCAGUGGUUAAAUUCACUUUGAUUUCUUGGGUAACACUCAAACUGUGGAUAGCACAUAGUGGUGGAAGAUUUCUUGGGGUGGGGAGAGGGUGUUGUAGUCUUGUUGCUGAGCAACUACGUGCAGAGCUCAGUGGAGUGGGAGGACAGCCAACCAGAAGAGUCUCUGAGGUGUACUUGCCUGGAAGGAGAGUCAGCAUCCAAAGUCAGGUCCAGUCCUAGGGUCAGGCAAACAGCAAUCUGUGUGACCAGACAGUCCAGGGGUCAGGGAAUCUGAUGAUCAGGGGUUUGAGACAAGCAGGAAGCAGCAAGGUUGGGCCAGGAACUGCAAGUGUUGUUACCAGCACCUGACUGCUGCUGGAAGCUUUGCUUAAACAAGCUAACACCAGCUGGUUCUCAUCAGUGUCUCCUCUUCUGUGUCGUUGAAGGCUGAUCAGCUGCAGGUGGGCUCUCCACCUUCAGGCUGCUGUUCAGCAGGCAAAGCUGACUCCUGGCCCAUGACAGAGGGACUGACAGUCUUCCAGAUGUGGGAAACAUGGUAUAGUUGAAUGCAGUUUUGCAGCUCACAGGAGAAACAAUAGUGUGCAAAAUGAAAGUAAAAUUUUAAAUAUUUUUAGUAAAAGUGUGUGAUGAUGCAUGUGCCUACUUUAACAGAUUAUCAGCAUAUCAUCCACCAUUUUGGAUACACACACACACACACACACACACACACACACAUAUUUAAAAAUUACAAAAGUUUAAAAUAAAACAUAGUUUACAUGGUCCAGGCACACCAGCUGUAGGGGGAAGUUGGUAGAGCUAUCUUGUUCCAGUUUGUCUGUAUCACCCAUUACUGUCUCUUUUGUCUUGGAGGCCAACUGCCCAAAGCAGAGUUCAUUAGAAGCUGGUUGACACCAGGAGAGCAGUCAGGCCUAGAAGUCUUCUUAAACAAAUAAAGCUGAGUUUCCAACUCAAUUUUAACCUUGGUUGCUGUGGUUCUUAUUAUGAUUGUCCUGUUAGAGGACUCCAACACGGAAACAUAGCUGAUUUGGUAGGUGUCUCCUUUCUUGCUCACCAUGCCAUAUUCCUUCCAAAAAGUAGUAGGGGCUGCCAUUAAAACAAUAGCAUUACACACAUCUGGAGAGCUGUCAGAACUGAUUUAUGAUUUGUUAUUUUUUAUUACUUCCCAACAAAAAUAGGUACAGUUACCUUGGGUUUGCGUCCUGCCAGUGACAAAUAUGCAAAACUUGAAUGUCACUGGCACGGCACAUUAUCACUUCGUGUUGGAUUUUAGGCUUAUACAUUGGAGAGAUGCAUGAUUUCUGCUACACACAGUGGCAGCAUAAAAUCUGCCUCUGCCUCCAGUGAUGGGGUGUUCAAAUUCCCCUUCCUGUAUGAAUGAUGCCAACAAAAGUGAGCAAUGGCUCGAUCCAAAGAAUGAUGCCCUUCCAAUUUAUAGCUUCAGUGAAUUUGAGCUAGCAACACAAUAAACUGAUGCUGGAAUCCCUUUUGAUUUUUAUCUGCUUCUAUUUAUGAUGAGAUUCCUUGCCUGUCAGCACUGUAGUCAUUAAAAAAAUAAAAACCUUUAAAAACUCAGGAGCCCCUUGAGUAUCCAUACAUUUCUCUGUAUUUAAUAGUCAGCAGAUGUACUAGAUAAUUGAACAAUUCUAGCUGACAAAUUAAAUCUGUUUCCUUUUCUCUAUCUAUUUUUACUGACAGCACUCAGAGUGAGCAAAGGUGGGGAAAUUGGCUCCCCCUUUUAACUCCAGAGCCCCUUUGCUCUGUUUAAUUCAUUUCCAGGCUGUCAGUGGUCUGCCCAAUGUCUACCACGUUUGCUAGCAUUAACCUAUGGCCUGCCAAGUCUUACCUAAUUUGUAAAAUAGUCUUAUGCCAGCAUGACAUAACUUGUUAAACCUUUCAAAAUUUGCUAGAUGUUGCUGUUGGCUCAUCUAGCAGCGUAUCAAAACUAAUAAAUCAACAGUGCCCUCUGCUCAGGUCCACGUAUGAAGAAAAUGCCUAUCAGUGCCUGUUGAGAAUGAAGUCCAAAAGCACAGCAACUUUCAGUACAUAAAAUCAAACAUAUUGAAUGUAUGGGAUAAUACAUUCAAAUGUAUUAUAGGUUUUCUUAUUAAACCGUUAUGUCACCACAGUAAUUCAGCUAAGGUGGAAGUCAAAAAACAGGGCCAGGGUUAUCAGAAUGACACCGGAAAAUGGGGACUGUGUUAGUGAUGCAUACAUUCCUGUAAAAGAAGGAUCAAAGCCAGCUCUUCUCAAAACCAUUGCUUGCUGCAGCUGUUGUGGCUGAAGUGAUAAACCAGUUUAUUGUUUAAAGGUGAAUGUGCAGUGUGCUGGUGCACAGGGCUAAAAUUGGGCCACUUUUCUCUUUCCCAUUUCUGCUCCAGUAUUUGGCUUAGCAUUAUGUCCAAACUUGGGCUAAUAGGUUGUAUCUCUCCAAAAAAACCCAUAAGUUAUAAUCAAAGUUUGUUCUUGGCUUACUGGUACAGUAGUGUUUUGUUUGGUGGGAGACAAACAAUGGCUUAAUUGUGGUUUAAAAGAUGCAGAAUACAGAACAGAACUCUAUAGUAUGGGGGUUCAUGGGGUAGCUGGAAGAGAUACCAACGCCUUUUCUUAAAUUUCCUUGAUGCUUACUCACAAAUAUCUCGAUAGACGAGUCAUCCUGAAUUGUUUUCGCAAUCAUGGAUGUAGCUUGGAAGGAUGUCUGAGUUUUCUUCCUGCUCUUUGAAAAGAUGAGGGCAGUCACUUCAUAAAACACUACUGACCUGUUUGUGUUAAUAUAAUAUUGUGUAAUGGUAUUUAAUCUAUAUCAACUAAUUGACCAGUUAAACCCAUUUACACAGGGCUCUCAUCUAGGAUGCCCUUCAUAUUUUUUAUUUUACCAACCCUAUGUCUAUGGAGGACUAAACUGCAGUGCAAAAUUAAAACUAGCAUGGCAAUCCUAUACAGUAUGCACACUUAUCUAGGGCAAGUCUCACUGAACGUGGGACUUACUUCUGAGUGGGCAUGCACAGGAUUGUGCUUCAGUCAUUUAAUGUGUAGGCUCUGUAUUUGUAGUGCUGUAUGACCUUUUUUCAAAACAAUUAAAUACAAUUACUUAAUUUAAUGAUUCCAUUCUUUAAAUCCAUUCAUCUGGAUGAUCACCUUUACUUGGAAGGAAGUUUAAUUAGUUUCACAGUGGAACUUCUUCUCAAUAACUAUGUUCAGCACUGAAGCCUGAGAUGUGUAACACACUCAUGUUAAACAGAAUUUCUUUCCCCUUGCAGAGCAAAGAAAAGCUUCCAUUCUGGGAGAAUGGAACUGGAAAAAGAGAUGCCUGGCAGAAUGGAUGGCAUGGCUAUGAUAAUGAACUGUUGGAUAUGAGAGGAUUCUUCCUUGCAUAUGGCCCAGGUAGGUCAACUGGAGAAGUAGAUAAUCACCCUAUUCCUUCCUUGCUUGCAACAGAUGCAGUUUUUGGUGCUCUCUGUUGAGUGUAUGUGGACACUAGUUAAUUGUGCAGAUUCAGUCUUUCUGCUACAACAAGUGUGGAGAACCUGUGGCCCUCCAGAUGUUAUUGGACUCCAACUCCCAUCAACCUCAGCAAACAUGGUCAAUGGCCAAAGACAAUGGGAGUUACAGUUUAGCAAUGUCUAGAGGGCAUUGUGGAUUAAACCACAGAACCUAGGACUUGCCGAUCAGAACCCCGGAGUCGGUCACGACUGGACCUAAUGGUCAGGGGUCCCUUUACCUUUAGAGGGCCUAAGGUUCCUCACACUGUGCAAAUGAAGCAGAAACAAGAGUUACUCUACUUCCAACUUCUAUGCUUUGUUUUAAACUGCUUGGGAAAAUAGCAUAUAACUUGCCUUACCAGUGUAUUUCCAGCGACUUUGUUAAAAUAUAUUGUCCUAGCCAUUAUGAACUACAUAAGGGAGCACAACUAAUAAAAUGUCUUUCUGUUUAGAGAGCACAGAAUGAGAAAGUGUAAAUCUUGCAUAAUAUGGAAUCUUAUUUAAAUCCUAAUCCUAAAUCUGUCACGGGCCAGAGCAAUAUACGCAGUAUUUUUUUAUAAAAAUAUUUAUAACAAAUAUACAUCACAGUGGUUUGCAACAAUAUGAAAUCCUAAAAAGUUAAAAGCAAGUUAAAAACCAAAAGAAUUAAAAACAAGCAUCAGUAUACCAUUGUGGGGGGUGUACUCUUUAUUGCCUGCAAAGGCCUGGUGGAAUAGAAAGGUUUAAAAGUUGGCACAGAAGGUGCCCGCUGAAUCUCUAUUGGCAGGGUCUUCCACAAGACUGGGCUGAUGACACUAAAGGCUCAGUUUCUCAAUGCUGUAAAAUUAUUUCCUUUCUCCACCCUGCAAAAUAGGGCAAGAUUUAUUUUGUUUAAUAUUACAAUACACAGACAUUGCAGUUAAAAGUAAACCUGUUAAGUACGGUAGGUCUGUGUAAGCCGCCACUCAAGGAUAUAUACUAAAGGCAAUUUUCUUUUGAAAGCUAUGAUAAUUGUGCUGGGUUGAGAGGUUGCCAGUAGUCUGAGAUUUCAUCAGCUACAUUGGAUGUUCUUGAGUAAUAUUGGCAGAAGGAAACAUUUAGUUGUGCCCCCCUGUGUUUAUCAAAAGUCUGGCUUGUCGUGAACUGUUUUUGUUCUUGGAGUUGCAAAUUUUGGACCCCUCUGCCUACAGUCAAGGCUCUGUGUACUUUUUAUUGUGUUAAAAGAAUAAUAAUCCAUCAUUCAAACCUUACGGAGAAAUUAUCUCUCUCCACUCACAGUAAACAAGGAGCAAUUUUUCAAACAUUUCACCUUGAUCCAAUCCUUAAACUAUUCAUGUUACUUGUCUGUUAUCAGAGGAGUAUCUUUAUUUGUGAAAGCAUUGAAAACCAGCUUUUGUUGGAGAAAUAAGUUCUUUCUAUUGAACUCAACAAAAGUAUUCCAAGCAGUACUUUUUGAUUUCCUGGAACCAGAGCAAUUCAAAAUUAUUCAAGGCUAAGAUGAAGUCUCACGCUCUAUUCUUUGUCUGUUAAGCAUAUUCAGUCCAAAGUACAUCCAAAGUCAUCUCCCCCUCACAGAAUGGGGUGGAUAAGGUUCAUUAUUUCCUCAACUGGUAUAAAAAAAGGCUAUAUCACCAGCAACAUAUUCAACUGCCUUUGAUUUAACCAUUGUGAAAAACCACAUCCUAUAAUUAUAAUUGGGAGGACUGCGUUGGUUCUUUAUUAUCAAGUAGGACCCAAACACAAAAUGGUAAAAAACAUGUGGGCGUGCAUUUAUAUAUAUUCUUGCUAUGUUAUCUCAGUGUCUUACAUAGGAGCAUAAUGCCUUAUAUUGAUUCAGACCAUUGGUCCAUCUAGGUCAACAAACCCUCUCUGAGGUGUUAAGUUUGAUAGUUCCUGCCAACCUAGCAGUUCGAAAGCAUGCCAGUGCAAGUAGAUAAAUAGGUACCGCUGCGGUGGGAAGGUAAACAGCAUUUCCGUGCGCUCUAGCUUCCUCCCCGGUUCCCAUUGUGCCAGAAGCGGUUUAGUCAUGCUGGCCACAUGACCCAGAAAGCUGCCUGUGGACAAACGCCGGCUCCGUCGGCCUGAAAGCAAGAUGAGCACCGCAACCCCAGUCGCCUUGGACUGGACUGAACCACCCAGGGGUUCUUUACCUACCUUAACCUUACCUUGUUGUAAGCUGAAAAUGCAACUCUUUACCUAGGCCUUUGACACCUGAGAGAUAUACUUUAGGACCCACUAUAUUCUCUUGAUUGUCAUUUGUUUUACCUAAAUCAUGGUGAAGGGAAGGGAUCUUAAUCAUAUUAUUAUCUAUACUGGCUGGCAGCAGUUCUUCAGGAUCUUAGGCAGAAGGCCUUCCCAGGGCCAGCCUGGUGAUGCUUGGAAUUGAAACUGCAAAAUAGAUGCUUAACAACUGAGCUGUAACUGUUCCCCAUACCUGGACAUACUAUGAGUGGGAAAAGGAAGUGAAACAUAAUGGAGCAAAUAUCUUAAAAGAAAAUGUUAAGGUUAUCAAGGAUAUGAACAGAGCUAAUGUGGCACGACGGCCAUAUAUGGAGAAAUGGAACAUACAGUCAAAAUUACUUUGCAGAAAUAAGCCUUAGCUGGAUUCCGCCCCAAACUGAUCCAGGAUGGCAAGGACUGCAGCAGAGUUGUUACUGUGAAAUUCAUCCAAAUUGGAUCCUUCAGCUAGUGGGAAAAGUAAACUGCGGCAUAACCUGAAGUCAAGAUCCAGGGAUGUGAUUAAAGGCAAAAGAACAGUGGGUAGCAGACAGUGCCAAACACAGAAUACAAGAUACCAAACCAGCAAAAAAUUGUUGCUUAAACAAUACUUUUGGAAAUUAGGUUAGGAGGUUCUUCCAUGUUCUCUCAGAUCCUCUGAUAUUGGACCAGAGGGCAGAUUCACAACAUGCACUAAUAACUGUGCAGUAGUGACUGAAAGCAACUUCACAUUGAGGCUGACUAACUGGUAUAGUAAGCCUUCAUGAGAGUACUAUGGGGAAAAGUGAACAUUUAAAUGUGGACCAUGCUUGCUAACUUUUGUUUGUGUUGCUAAAGGCUUUCUGACCUCAUGCAAAAGUGAGGCAAAUGUUAAAUUCCAGGUGAUAUUAAUUUAGCUUGCAGCAUUGCAAAGUACGCUACUGAUCUAAAAUGCCUCAUUGUCAUUUUGUUUCAGAUUUCAAGUCUAACUUCAGAGCCGCGCCAAUCAGAUCAGUUGAUGUUUAUAAUGUCAUGUGCAAGGUUGCAGGAAUACAGCCAUUGCCAAACAAUGGGUCCUGGUCGAGAGUGCAGUGUAUGUUAAAAAAUAAUGCCAGUUUGGCACCAUCAUUCCAGUGGAGCAGCUCUGUGCUGGCACUACUUCUGUUUGUAUUGUUUGUAUAACAGAUCUUGUUACUCCGGUCCCAAUACAAUGUCAGUCAGUGUGUCCAGUCUUUU